GGGAUCCUUCAAGGUACCUCUGGAGUGAGAAGGGGGAGCUUCGGAAUCUGCUUUGUAAGUGUGGGGAUGCAGCCUGUCAUCACGGAAGGGGCUGGGCCUUUGGGCCUCCCACCUCAGAGCCCAGUCUUUUCUCUGGGAGAAGCUCUUCUGCUUCAGUCCCUUGGGCCCACAGUCCCGGGCCCAUGUAUUGCUUACAUCUUUACCCUGCUUGGCUUGUUUUGCAAGACCCAAAAUGAUUUCCUAAAUCAGGAGAUGGGACAGUCUUUAACCCCAGAACUGCUGGCUCUGCCUAGAAGCUGUGCAGGAGCUGUCAGGCAGUCCUUGGGCCUGGCUGGUAGCUGAGCGCUGUCCUCUGGCUGGCUGGGACAGAGUGCUCUGGGGAGUUGAGUAAGAGUGGGCCUCCUGGCAGACAAACAGCCUCGUGUCUCUUGGUGGGCUGGAUAGCAAGUCAGUAGGAGGUUGGGGGUCAUGGGUUUGUGGGGAACUGGGUGAGGUUAGCCCCAUUCCUAGGAAAGAGUCCAGGAAACAUUUCUCUACAGGGGCUUGAUACCAGGGAACUGCUUACUCCUCAGGAUGCCAAGAAAAGGGCAGGAGAUAAGUUUUGGGAGGCCACUGAGGUCAUCCUUCUUUGAACCUUCACGUGGCAAAUACCUCCACGUGGCAAAUAGGAGGUAUUUGCUUAAAGUAACUCUUGCCAGAGGCUGGUACCCGGGAGUAUAAAGCCGAAUAUCUGCUCUUUGCACCCAGAACUGAGCAGGUUCUGGGGAGCAGAGUGGUGGGGGAGCAUUGGAAGACAGUUGGAGCUCCAUCCUCCCGGCUUUGUGACAGAGAUGAGAAAGGAGAGGCUCCCGCCCCCAUGUUUGAGGAAGACACUUCUUCCUUUCCAACCUAGGUUGAUCCACCGAGGCAUUGUAACACUGAGAUAUAUUCCUGCCUCUGCUUCUUCAUUCUGACUUGGCCUCCGUUCAGCUUCCUUCUCAGAGUCCAUACUGCAAACAUGGCUGCAGUCCUCACCUGGGCUCUGGCCCUGCUCUCAGCAUGCUCAGCCACCCAGGCACAGAAAGGCUUCUGGGAUUACUUCAGCCAGAGCAGCAGGGAGAAGAGUGUGGUGGGGCCGAUCCAGCAGCAGAAGCAGGCCCAGGACCACGGGAGGCUGAAAGACAGCCUAGAGCAGGACCUCAGCGAUAUGAACAAAUUCCUGGAGAAGCUGGGCCCCCUGAGUGGGCAGGGGAAACAGCCUCCUCCUCUGACCCAGGAGGACAUGCGGCAGCAGCUGCAGGAGGAGCUAGAGCAGGUGCGGGCUCGCCUGCAGCCCUAUAUGGCGGAGGUACACAGGCUGGUGGGCUGGAACUUGGAGGAGCUGCGGCAGCAGCUGAGGCCCUACACGGUGGAGCUAAUGGAGCAGGUGGCCUCGCGCGUCCAGGAACUGCAGGAGCAGUUGCGUGUGGUUGGGGAAGGAACAAAGGCCCAGGUGCUGGGUGGCAUGGAUGAGGCGCUGGGCCUGCUGCAAGACAUGCCCAGUCGCGUGCUGCACCACACUGGCCGAGUCAAAGACUUUUUCCACCCCUAUGCCGAGCGCCUGGUGAGCGGCAUCGGACACCAUGUGCAGGAGCUGCACCGCCGUGUGGCCCCUCAUGCCGCUGCCAGCCCGGCCCGGCUCAGCCGCUGCGUGCAAGCACUCUCGCAGAAGCUCACACUCAAGGCCACGGCUUUGCACGCGGGCAUCCAGCAGAAUCUGGACCAGCUAGGCAAAGGGCUCAGUGCCUUUGUCCACACCAGCGCAGACGGGGCUGAGGAGGGGGGCAGCCUAGACUCUCAGUUGCUUUCUGAGGAGGUUCGCCAGCGACUCCAGGCUUUCCGCCAGGAUACCUUUGUGCAAAUCGCUGCCUUCACACGCGCCAUCGACCAUGAGACAGCGGAGAUCCAGCAGCAGCUGGCGCCACCCCCACCAGGCCAUAGCGCCUUCGCACCUGAGUUCUCUCUAGAGGACCGUGGCAAAGCCCUGAGCAAGCUACAGGCGCGUCUGAAUGACUUGUGGGAAGACAUCAACUACAGCCUUCAGGACCAGAGCCAUAGCGAUCUGGGAGAAGCCUGAGGGCUGACUUGUCCCGGUUCACUCCCUAGCUUCCGGUCUGAGGGGCCCAAGACCCAGCUGGGCUAGGGUGGAGGGUUCUGCAGAGGAUAGGUGAGACCCAGGGGACUGCUGUGCCUGAAUAACCAUCCUCAACUCCCCCAUCCGGAUGCCUUCCACUCACCAGGCUUUGCAAACCGAGCUUCCCGUGCUCAUUUGGUCACUCUCAGGAUAUUCAGGGGUGGGAGAAAUAGAGAGGGAGAAAGACCAUGUCUGCAAAUCUGUGUGGGAUGGUCCCGGAAGCCUGUGCCACUUUAUCCCAAAGUGUGAUUCCUGUCGCUUCUGGAUGCCUGAUGGUCACUGCUACAGCUGGUCCAUAUGGAGAAGCUCUUGUUUCUCUGGGGCCACCAUGACAGCUUCUGUUGGCCCAACAGAAGAGAUCAAGGAAGAAAACACAUGGAGAGAACAUGUGAUGAUAGGUGUCUAUCCCUGCUGGCUUGAUGCUGGGUGUGAAGGGUGGGGACAGUGCUGGGCGGGGCAGGAUCCAUAUUUCCUUAUAUAGCCAUGCACCUAAGUAAGAAACCAAGCCCUCCAAGCUGUGGGAGGUCCUUGUUUGGGGAGCAUAAGGUGCCCUCCCCACCCCAGCCUCUCCUUCCUGAUUCCCAGGCUGAAGUCUAGACUUCCGUCCAAAUGAAAUAGAUGCUUAUGAUGGAA